AUGGAGGACACUACUAUGUUGGACGAUGAGCACCUGUUAUUCCACGGUGUGAUUUUCACAAUCAUCCCUAAUUCCCUAUCCGAGGACCGCCAGCGCCAGCUACGGAACGAAGUUGUCGAAAAUGGUGCAAGAGUGGUCCCCUUCAACGCUGCGAAUGGACGCAUUGAGAAGCUCCCCGACAUCACGCAUAUUAUUUCCACCACCUCAGACUUCCCCGACUACCACCAAGCACUUGAGCAAUUCAAACACGUUGUGAAACCAUCAUGGGUGGAUGCAUGCGUGAAGGUCGGAAAAAUGAAGAACCCACGCGCGUACAGUCCCGACCCUGCUCUGUUCAUGAGCGAGGUCAUCAUAUGUUGCGCAAAGAGUAUUCCAGAGGGCGACAAGGAGGCCAUAGCAGGUGGCGUGUUGGCAAUGGGAGGACAGUAUACGACCGCCCUCUCCAAGUUUGUCACACACCUUAUUGCACUGGAUAUGGAGGACGAGAGGGUUCAGGUUGCCGUCGACAAGCGGUUACGGUGCAACAUUGUUCUACCCCACUGGUUCGACGACUGCCUAAAGGUUGGCCGUAGGAUAUCUGAACGACCAUACACCCUCCCCAGCCCCGAGAUUCUCGACAUCGAAGCCGGGGCCAUUCCUCCCACGCGAGUCAGCCCCCAUAUCCGUGAUGCCACAACUCCCGUACCAACAAAAGACCCAGCCCCACCCACGUCCCCUGCCGAAUCCAAGUCUUCGCGUAAAAUACGAGCUUUCAGCGGAAAGAAGGUCAUGUUGGGUGAAGACCUCCAACUGAAUGAUCGCCUCAAGGGGGUUAUUGAGGGGUUGAUCAUCGCAGGCGGUGGACAGAUGAUAACUAGUGUGGAAGAAGCAGAAAUUUACGUGUGCAACUUCCGAGAUGGACCUGACUAUGUCAGAGCCUCGCAGGCCGGCAAGGAUGUCGGAAACUUAAGCUGGCUUUACUAUUUGGUCACGUAUGACGCCUGGACAAACCCCAUGCGCCGAAUGAUGCACUAUCCUCGGCCUCGCGAGGGUAUUCCUGGCUUUGAGAACUUCAAGAUCAGCAUCUCUAGCUAUACUGGCGAAGCCCGUGUGUACCUUGAGAAUCUUGUGAAGGCUAGCGGCGCGACGUUCACCAAGACAUUCAAGCAGGAAAACACCCACCUUAUUACCGCCCAUAUGCAGAGCGAGAAGUGCGAUGCGGCGCAAGAGUGGGGCGUCAACGUCGUCAACCAUCUCUGGCUUGAAGAGUGCUACUCGAAGAACAAGCAUCAGGCACUCACGGAUCCGCGAUAUAAUUUCUUUCCGGCGCGGACGAAUCUGGGCGAAAUACUUGGGCAGACAGAGAUGGAUCGCACUGCGAUUGAGAAGAUAUUCUUUCCAAAAGCCCGCAAACCGAAAGCUGGAAAAGCAGCUGCACAACAAGACGGCGUUCCGGGAUCAAGCAUACCAAACCGCGUGAGCAGCGAUCCAGUUGCUCGAAGCUCACCCUUAGUAGAGAAGACGAGGCGUACCCGAACUGGACCAGAAAUCUCAACUCCUUCGGCGGCGCGUCGUAUCGAUGGCAAGGAGAAUGAAACCCCAGGUACAACAGGUAGCCGUGGAGCCAAGGACCGAGCCCUAACAAAACUUCACGACUCAGCACCCGAUAUUGCCAAGUUCGAAAAGGAGAUGAAACGGAAAGGAGGCGUCAUUCAUGGCGGACGGCGUGAGAAGGAUGCAGAAACGGAGAAGGCUAAGAAGACAAAAGGACGAGACUCUACCGCGAGUAAACGGUCAAUCGAUGAGGUGGAUGGUGAGGAUGAGCCAACAGAAGAUGAAAUCGAAGAGCCCGCGAAGAAGAGCAAGAAGGCGAAGAAGGACAAGUUGACACCGAUCAAGUACCGAAUGCUCGUAUCGAAGAAUGAAAGAUGGAUAAAUAAUCAAGAGCUGGAAGCAAACGACAAGGCUAAAAUGCGUGAAAUCGGGCUCUUCAUCACCGACGACGUCCGCAAAGUCGAUCUCCUCUGCGCUCCGAAAGUCGUCCGCACCAAGAAAUUCGUCUGCGCCAUGGCCUGCGCUCCCACGCUUGUCGGCACCUCAUACCUCGACUAUGCGCUCAAGCACAACAAACUGCCUCCCCCAGAAAAGCACCUCCUAGCCGACCGUGGCUUCGAGAAAACUCAUGGGUUCCGCCUCGACGAGGCCCUCGAACGCGCCAAACAGAACCAAAAGCACCUCCUUAAAAACUGGACCAUUUUUGUCAGCGACUCCAUCAGCGGGGGCUUCGAAACCUGGCGUGACAUCAUCACUUCAAACGGCGGCUCGGCCCAACUAUAUAAAGGUCGCACAACCAAUAUAACAGCAUCCAAACGCUCCAUAGACCCACCCAUUGAAGGUGAAGUCAGUCAGAACCAGGAAGAAGAUGAGGGUGACGUGCUGUAUCUGGUUUCAGAGGGCGUGAAGAAGGAAUUCCCGCUUUGGACUAAGUUCAGAGAACUCGCAGGGAAGCAUGAUAUGGUUCCGAGGAUUGUGAAGACGGAGUGGUUGUUGUUUGUGGCGAUGGCGCAGUACGUGCAUUGGGAUAAGGGGUGGGAGUUGAACGAGGAGGUGGUGAAUGCAGGGAAGUGAUGGGCACCAUGUCAGGUUUUUGAGGAAGUUAUUUUAUAAACAUCCGGGUGACGAUGAUAAGGCAAAGGAUAGUCUUAGAGGAUGCGGUGUGUGGACUGCAUUUGGACUUCGUUUCGGCGAUACUUUGUUUGAGGACGCUUUUUCUGCCUGCUCAUUUGAGGUUGGGAAUUGGAAGUCCUAGGACCCCAUUGUAUAGUUUGCACUGAAGUAGG